GAUAACAAUUAAAGUUAAGGUCUGACGAGGGGUUUGAUAUCUUCCUUCUAGUGGGCGAUGGAGCUCCUUGCGCCUCCAAGCCUCGUGGGUUUUCGUGGAGUGGCUUGGAAAUGUGGAGCGAAGCCGAGAAGAUUGCUACCAAGGACGGUAUGGCUAUGCAGGGCGUCUAUCGUGGACGAGGAACGCCUGGAUGCCGCGAGAGACAUGACAAAGUGGCUACAAGAACAAGGAUUUCCACAACAGCCACUUCUCGUUUCGUCUUUCGAAGACAAGGGACUUGGGUGUUGCGCUACUCGUGAUCUACAGGCUGGUGAUGCUGCAUUGUCUAUCCCCGAGAACUUUACCGUCACGGCUGUAGAUGUUGCGAACCAUCCCGUUAUCUCGAGUGCGGCCGAAGGAAGAGACGAACUCGUCGGGCUUGCACUAUGGCUUAUGUAUGAGCAGGAAAGAUCCCAAGACUCGCCAUGGUAUCCAUACGUGAAAGUUUUUCCAGCCUCGACUUUGAGUCUUUUGUUAUGGGAACAAGAGGAACAAGAGGAGCUCUUACGUGGUUCUUCCGCUCUAGCAAAAGUCAAGGACCAGCUCACAUCUUUGCGGCAAACCUUUGAUGCGUUGAAGGAUACUCUCAAAGACAACAAAGAUUUUCCCAUGGAGAAAUUUACCUUUAGUGCGUUCAAGACAGCAUUCUCGGUUGUUUUAUCACGAGCAGUGUACUUGCCUUCGGCAGAGCUAUUUGCUCUGGUUCCGUUUGGAGAUUUGAUCAAUCACGAGUCGUCACGAUCUUUGCUAGACUACGACAUCGAGGAGCAAAAGGUGAAGCUGGCCGUGGACAAAAGGUACAAGAAAGGAGAUCAAGUUUUUGCCUCGUAUGCACAAAACUUGACCAGCGCAGAUUUUCUCAUAAGGUAUGGUUUUCUUGACGAGAGUGACGAGAACGAUUGCAUCGAGAUAGAGGUUGGUUUAGUAAGUGGCGAUUCUCUAGCCCCACUCAAGCGCGAAAUCUUGCAAGAAGUUGGCCUCACUGUUCCUCAAAAAUUUCCCUUGUACCUUAAUCGGUUUCCAACACAGCUCUUGACAUAUACAAGGUUAGCAAGGAUACAAGACUCGGGGCUCUUCGCCAAAAUCACCUUUGAGAAAGAUCUAAUCGUUAGUCAGACAAACGAGUACGAGACGCUGAUGCUGCUAAUGGCCGACUGCCGUACAAAGCUUUUGAGCUCCAGCGAUACCAUGGAGGACGAAAUGCAGACGCUCAGGCGAAAGAACCUCUCGUACAAGCAAAGAGUGGCAGCGCAGCUUCGAUUGAAAGAGAAAAGGAUCCUGACCGACACAAUGUCCGCGCUGAGGAACAGAUUGGCUCCGAUCAGAGGAAUUCCCACAAAGUCUGGAAACCUCAAGGAUCCAAACUCCGACAUUCGAGAGAUGUUUGAUAUGGUAGAGCAGGUUGCUUCGGCUCCGCGAAAGUUUCUCGCAAGCAUUCUCGAGCACAAAGAUAGCAACUAAUAGAGAGAAGGAACAAAAAAGGAAGUGCUACGUCAUUUUCCUGAAUGGGCUUUUGUUCUAUUCCUGUACUUAUUUUAAAGUAUCAAAGAAAAAAAGAAUUCUUGGGUUGGA